AUGGCUCGCUUGCUUGCCUUCUUUAGUGAACUUCAAUUCACUGCGCUGGGAUGGGGCCUUGCCCUCGCGAAUUAUUAUCUCGUUGUUGACUUCAUAAUACAGCUUGAUUUCAACAUGGAGAGCAGAAAACGCAAGGCGGAUGAUGAACUGGAUCCCAGCACUGAUGAUGUUGGCAGCGUGCUUGAGGUCGAUCCUAGCACUUCUGACAGCGUGCCUAAAGUUGAACCCACUACUGCUGACAGCGUCCCUGGGGGCGGACCCAUCACGGCUGAUAGCAUUUCCAAAGUUGAUCCCGCCAUGGCCGCUUACAUUGAGAAGAGACGCAAAGAAAAGGAUGAGUGGCUGGAACGGCAGGGACAGGCACUGUGGAAGAACUACUGGACCGUGAGAGAACAACAGCUCUCCAGGCCGUUCGGGCCACUGCCAAGCUAUCCAGAGGUGAUCGAGGUUUGGCAACGUGAUGAGGUGGACCAAGAAGCUGCAUCCUCGGAAUUCCCUCCAAAUGGAAUCACUGAUAAGAACCCUCCUCUUUCUUACGACGUCAUCGCAAGUAUCCUCUGGAAAACCAAGGGCCACUGUCCCAAGGCACAGGCGUGGUUGAAGAGCCAUGAGAUGAGCAGAUUCAUGCGUGCUAAUGUGAUCGUGAGGCACUAUGGACGUGAGAAUCUGAGAAAGAAGGCGCUCCAUAACAUGUACCAGAGGAAUCUUGGUCUGCAGAAGGCGGCCAAGGGGUCCGCGCAAGUGAUGGAUGAUGGGAAAGAAAACCAAGAAAAUGAGGCUACCCCUUGGGAAAGAAUCUUGACAGCUCAUGACAGACUUCGAAAGGCGAUGGGUGAACCUGAGGUGUUUGCGCAUGAGAUUCUGCUGUGGUAG